GGUUCAGAGGGGAGGGGGAGGUUUAACAAUGCCAGCCCAAGGUGACAAGCUGCCUUGAGCAGUAACUGCCUGGUCUCAGAGGGAAUAGACACCUAGGCAGCAGUCUCUAACUUCAGUGACAUUUAGGGAAUCAUGGCCUGAGGUCCUGCUUCGGCAGGUGUGGCUAGGGCCCCCUGUCAACCUCUCCUGGGUGAUUGGGGAUCCCUUGGAGGAACCAGCAGCCCUCCUGACCUGGCUUUGCUGGCAGUGUAGGCCCAACCCUCUCCAGAACAGCCAAUAAAGGCAGAUGAAGGCAGUCCUCCUUGGCCCCUUCCUGCCCCAGCCCUGUGCAGCAGUGACCCGCAGCUGCCUAGGGCUCAGGCCCACCCAGCCCUGCAGUCCUUGUGUUGACAAAAGGAACCAAGGCCCCUGAACACCAGAGGCUGACAUCAGACCACACCCCCCUUCACUGUGCAGGUCGGUUGGUACCACCAAGGCCCCAGCCCCACCAUUGCCUGCCUCUGAUCUGGCCAGGGCUCCUCCCUACCUGCCCCAUACCAAGACUCCUUGAAUCCCGGUGCCAGCCUGGAUGCUGAGGCCCUGCCCCCACCUUCCCUGCCUCACAGCCCCACUGUGAGGUCAGAGCCUUCCAACAAGUUCCGUCCACAGGUGUGCCGUGGGGCUGGGGGCUGGACAUGGCCCCCUGUCCCCAACCUGACUGCUGCCUGGCUGGCAGCCCCCUGGGCCUGAUAUGUCUGUCCCUUUUGCUCAUCCCUGCUGCAGCUGGAACCUACUGUGACUGCAGCCUGGGCCUCAGCCGCGAGGCCCUCAUCGCUCUCAUUGUGGUGCUGGCAGGAGUCAGUGCUAGCUGCUUCUGCGCCCUCAUGGUUGUGGCACUUGGAGUCCUUCGAGCCAAGGGUGAACCAAGCACCAGACAUGUGGACAACAGGUUGGUGGGGCACUUCGGGGUCCAGGAAGAUCGCAUGGACCUGCAUGCAGUGCACGUGGAGUCCCACCUGAUGGACCCUGAACUGGAGGUUUCCAUGAUGCCAUCACUGGAGGACCAUGGCCUCAUGACCAUCCCCAUGGAGGCUACUCUAGAGGAGCCGCCCCCACCCCCACCCCCUGAAUAGGGUGGAGGGCAAUUGGGCAGGGGAAUUAAACAUUAUUUAGUGGU